AUGUUGCAGUAUUACUCUUUCUCUCAAUAUGGCCCCUCAAACUCGGAAGAGAAAGAGAGCAACGACCCAAAAGAUACACCUCCGAAGAAAACAACACGAGCUCCGCGAAAGACGGCUCCGAAGGCGGCAGUCCAGCGAAAGGGCAAGACCGUUGUCAACAAGCAGGGAGAUUUUCCAACGAGUUUACAAGCUGCGCAACAAGGCAGCGAGGCAAAGAAGCAGAUUCAAAAUCAGGGAAGCGAUCUCGUCAAAGAAAUUGACAACGAGCUCAAGACACAAAUCCCUCAUAUAAACCGCGAUGCAUUGAUGAAAGAACUCUCGCCAGAUCUUGUCACUGUUCUACCUUGGAUGCGCUCUUCGCCAGCUUCGGUCGAGGAUACACAAACAUACCCUCAACUGAUGCUCAAGGCUCUUGACGAUUUACAAAUUCAUGUCAGUGCUUGCGAGAGAACAGUCAACCAAGAUACUGGGAUCAGAGCGCCGAAUCAGAUGCGCUGGGUACAAGAUGUUAAAGACUUGGAAGACAUGAGCCAGCAUGGGCUACAGAUGGCUACAAAGAUCAUUAAUCACAUUGUCAUGCCUGACUCGUAUGACCUUCCUACCAAGCCUGCCGAGACUGAGAGCGGCGUUGAGGAAGUGGCAUGGGAACUCAUCGAGGAAGCACUGCCUGAAGAGUCUAAUGAGAUUUGGGGAAAGAUUGCUCAGGGUCAUGUAAAGGCUUUGACUGAGGUGUUGAAGGUGCUUCCUGUGGAAGAAGAGGAGGUGAUCCGUUUGGAAUGA